AUGACAAAAUUAACAGGUAAUAAUUCGGUAAACGAGCACUUAUGUAAAUUUUUCGAUCUUGUAGAUAAAUUGAAAUCAAUUGAUAUGAUUGUUGACGAUGAUUUGCUGUCAGUGCUUUUAUUAUACAGUUUGCCGGAACAGUAUGAGGGAUUUAGAAUUGCCAUUGAAUCGCGAGAUAUUUUGCCAAAACCAGAUGUAUUAAAAAUUAAAAUAAUGGAAGAAAGUGAUGCAAGAGCUGCAAAUGUAUCUAUAGAAAAUGAAACAAAGUCAGAAAAUGGAAUUUCAGAAAGAAAAAAUCGAACACUUUUAGAUAUGGCCAGAUGUCUUUUGCUUCAAUCUGAACUCCUAAAAUAUUUAUGGGCUGGAGCUAUAGCAACAGCAAACCAUAUUCGGAAUCGUUGUCCUUCUGACAGUCUGAAUGGAGAUAUACCAUAUAAAUUUUUGAAUACAAGAAGUCCAAACAUUGUUUAUUUUAAAUCUUUUGGAUCUUUAGCGUAUGUAUUAAAUAAAAUACCAUCUAAAGGCAAAUUAGAAGCAAGAUCAACUCCACAUUAUUUAUUGGGAUAUGAUGAAAAUUCGAAAACGUAUAGACUUUGGAACAAAAAUAAUCGUAGUGAUAAUGCAAGGGAAGAAAACGAAGAAAACUAUGAAACUCCAGAUGAAGAUAUUUUAAUUACUUGUGAAAACGCUUCAGAAACCAUUUUAGAUAUUGAAAAAAGUUCAUAUAGGGAUGAAUGGGAAAAUGCUAUAAAACGUGAAUUAGAAUCCCAUAAGAAAAAUAACACAUGGAUUAUUGCUGACCGUAAAGAUGAUAUGAAACCUGUAGGCUGCAAAAGGGGUUUUACUGAAAAAACUGAUGAAAGUAGAAAAUUGAUUAAACGAAAAGCAAGACUCGUAGCUAAAGGCUACUCUCAAAUUAAAGGCUUUAAUUUUAGUGAAACAUAUGCCCCUGUAGCAAAAAUGAAAUCAAUGAGAAUACUAGCAGCAAUUUCAGCUAAAUGGAAUUUAAAAUUAUAUCAAUUUGAUGUUGCAAUAUAUGGACUAAAGCAAAGCGGUAAAGCUUGGAAUAGUAAAUUAAAAGCAAAAUUAUUAGAUUGUGGUUUCUCGCAACUAAAAACAGAACCAUGCUUAUAUAAGAUAAAUUUUGGAAAUUUUAAAUUAAUUGUACUGAUAUAUGUAGAUGAUAUACUUGUAGCUACAAAUAAUGAAAAUUUAGUCAAAUAUACUUAUGAUAACAAAACCUUGAUAGGUUACACUGAUGCCGACUGGGGCUCAAACAUAGACGACAGAAAAUUGUUCACAGGAUAUAUUUUUAAAUUAUCAGGCGCACCUAUAUCCUGGGAUAGCCGCAAGCAAAAGACAAUAGCACUUUCUAGUACGGAGGCUGAAUAUCUUUCAUUAACAGAAGCAACAAAGGAAUCUAUUUAUUUAAGAGAACUUUUACAAGAAAUUGAUUUUCAAAUCACUCAACCAGUAACUAUAUUUAACGACAAUAAAAGAUGCUAUCAUAAUGGUACAUUGUACGCUGAUGGAUCUUUCGUGCCAACACUACAGCCAUGUUUAAACUGCAAAUGUAAUACAAGAACUUUGAUAUGCAGUUUGAAAAUUUGCUCAGAAAUGCCAGUACCACCCCCACGGGGUUGUAUUCUUAUUCAGAAGAAAAAUAAUUGUUGUCCAUAUUUGUCAUGUUUGAAGCUUCACGAUAAAUAUAAUAAUGCAUUAAGUCAAAGAAUUACAUCUUAUUUAGAUUCUUAUGAAAGAGAAGGUAUUGAUAGAGUUGUGAACGACAAUUUUUUGCAAAAGCGGUCGGAUGAUAAAGAUCUUUAUGGUAUUCGGGACAUUUGCGUAAAAAAAGGAACAAUAUAUAAAGCUGGUUCAGCUAUGUCAUCCUCAAGUUUAUGUUCAUAUUGUUAUUGCAUUGGAGGUCAACAGAAAUGUGUCAAACCAAAAUGUAUGCUUUCUCUUGGAGACUGUAAGCCCGUAUUUGUUGCUUCAACUUGCUGCCCCGUAAGGUACGACUGUUCAUACAAAUCAGCUGGCGGCAAAUCUUGGCUAUAUGGAAACAAGACAAAGACAUCUAACAACAAGCAUUACCAGAGAAUGUCGCAAAGACUGCAACGAAACCGUGGUUGCCAUUACGGAAACAAUUUUUAUCUGGAAGGACAAAAAACGCCCUCUGACAAUGAUAAACCAUGUUAUAUAUGUUUCUGUAUAAAAGGGAAAAGAAAAUGUGCUCCUAAAAAGUGCGCUCCAUUUCUGCAAAGUUGUAUCCCAAUUAUUCCAAAAGGACAAUGUUGCCCUUCAAGCUAUGAUUGUAGUCCUUCAACACGUGAAUGGGACCGUACGCAUCGAUCAAGGCAAAUUGAUUUAUUGUCUUGGAUUUUAGAAUCUCAGAAAGAUCUAAAUAACUUCACUGAGUUAGGUAUACCUAAAAAAACUUUACUGAAACAAACAACCGAGAAAAGUGUUAUUGAUGUGAUUGGAGAAGGACUUCAAAUUAUAGAUUCAAAAGCGAACACUGACUUCAAUAACAUAACGAAAACAAACGGAACUUCCAGUAUCACUGAAUUUUCAACAACAAAUAUUUUCUAUGACAAUUUAUUGAAGGACCGAAAUCCGAGCAACCUAUCUAGUAGCAAUAGCCCAGUUACAAUUUAUAAUGUCAAAUCUGAAGACCAUGAAGGCGACAUUAAUUUGUUUGAUUUAUUUUUACAAACUGUUACAAAUGUAACUGGACUAGAUUUGAAUGAAACAAGUGCUGCAACAACAACAAGCUCCACUUUAGUUCCUUCUUUGUUCAAAGAAGAGUUAGACGAAGAUUAUAAAGACUACGAUGGUAUAAAUUUUUUUGAUAUAUUUCUAGGGAAAACCGAAAAGAAUUUAACUACGAGCGAAAAAGAAAAUUUGAAUGAAACUGAACCUAUUUUUGAUUAUUUCGGGCUUUUCAAUGAUAAUGAAACAUAUGAUUAUAUCAGUGUCUCGGACUCUAACAUUGAAAAUGAAAAUCACAAAAUUGAGGAUGGUUUAGAAAGCGAAUCAAAUUUAUCAACUACUGACAAUAUUGAGCUUAGAAGCGAAAUAUAUGACAACCCCAGCGAGACAACUACUUUUAAAUUAAAACAUGAAGAUGCUAUGCAACUAAAUGAACACUUUUAUAACAAUAAUGAAGGAAAUUAUUUUCAAAGUGCAAAAGAAAAUUUAAAUACGACACCUCAUGAAAAUUAUUCAAUGGAAGACGGUGAAGUUGAUUCAAUUUCAAACGAUGAAUCUUUUAUGGAAGAAGUAUUCCCCACUAAAAAUAACAUCCCAUUUUAUAAAACGACUACCCCAUCACAAAUGAAAAUGGCAGAUAUUUCUGAACAAAAAACAACGGGUGCGAAAACCUUAGUUACAAAAUCCAUUUUCAACCCAACCAAAAAAGUGAUAUCAUUCACAGAACCAAUUCAAACUAAAAAACAGGAAAUUUUUAAUGAGUCAUCUACAACUAAAAGUCAAUUAAAUAUUGCUAUUACAAAAAAAGUUAAUGGUACUGAAGUAACACCAAUUAAACUAGAAAGCAAACCACAAAUUUCAUUUUUGUCAACAGUCAUAGAUGAACUUCAAUUACUUAUAAGAAAAACUUCAAACGCGAGCUUUAUCAAUGGAAAUGAAGCUAUCAACAGUUACGAAAUCCAUAAAGCCAACAAAACUGUUAUUGAAAGAAACAACGAGCCAAAAAAGGAUUUAUUAAGAAUUCCGCCUUUCAAAAAAAUAAUCAUAAACGAAAAUUUAAAUCACAUUUUAAAUAAAACAAGCACGGCUUUAAACUCAGAGCCAAUUGUGGUUAAGUCAAAUUCAACGGUGACAAAAUUUAAAACGGUAAUGAGUUCUAUAAAUGUGGGUUCGCAACCAAUAUUUGCAACAGAGAAAACCAGUUCACCUAAUUUUAUAUUGUUAAGACCAACGACAAAAGUUGAAUCUACUUUUCCGUCUAAUAAAUCAGUAAAUUUGAAUAUGCUUGUAGCAAAUGAGGAAUAUGAUCGCGAAACCUUACCACCUAGUCUUCCAAAUCUUGAAAUUAUUCCCUUUUUGCCUAUUGAUGCACUUCCUUUAAAGGAAAAUAUUCCCACUUUUCCCACUUUCUCCACUAUUACAGAACAACAUAAGAGCGAUGAGAAUAUGUGGUCCGAUUUGGUAGAUAACGUAAGACCUUUUGAAAAUUCAGGCAGCUUAUCAUCUUCACCAUAUAUAAGUUCAAAAGAUGAUAGAUUCAACGAAGUAAAUCGCAAUAAAUUUUCACCGCCCAGGGAAAUCGAGGGCGGUUUUGUUCCAAAGCAACCAAUAGUUGAUGGGAGUUUGUAUUAUGAUACAAAACUAAUUACUGAGUUAAGAACCACAACACCACCCCAAAGCUUUACAAAAAAUGUUGAAUAUCAAAUUGAUAAUGAAACUCCUAUAGCAAUCACUUCAAUAGAUCCGUUCAAAGACGUCAUUAAGACCGAACCACCUCCAGAUCUUGAUUUAUUGAUUGAAGAUAAAGAAAAACGACUUGUUAGUAAAAACUCAAAAAUAUAUAAUGAUAAGGAAAUUGUUCAUAUAACAACUGAUGCUACUUAUAAUUAUGAUAUAGAUUCCAAACAAAAUAAUGUUAUUCAAUUCAGUAACGUCAACUUUGAGAAUUUGAGCAUCGCUGAGAAUAAUAACGUACUAAUGGAAAGUUUUCCAUUAGAUCGUCACGACAACAGUAGCUUGCCCGAGAAAAAUAACAAUAUGUCCGACAUAUCUCAAAUGGAGCGCCACAAAAAUACGUCACACCACAUGUUUGACGUAAGUCCAAAUGUUGAUGGUAAUGUGAAUAUUCAGUUCCUAGAAAAUGACAUCCUAGUGGAAGAUUUUCCUCUUGAUAAACAUGUUACUUACAAAAAAGUUAAUAAUCUAACUUUCGAUAAUGUCGAUAUGGUGACCGAUGAAAAUUGCCUUAAUAGUGAUAGCACUGGUAUUGAAAGUUUUUUAGAUUACUUUUUAGGAGUAAACAGCAACUCUAAGCUGAAUUUAACAACAACCGGCAUUCCACCAUUUAAGGUCAUACCACCAAGCAUGCAGUUACUAACAAGCAUUAAUUCAGAAGUAACAAACCAGCAACUCCAAUCUGAUAUAAUGAUGAAACAACAAAAUCAUGUUUAUAAAAACAAUUCGACAGAUUUAAAAAAUAAAGAAAACAUUGGAGAAUCUGAAUUAUAUAAACCGAAACUACAUCGUCCUUUUCCUUUCCCAAACACAAAUGGGUCUGUUUAUAAAAACGAUAAUAAUUCUUCUUUUGUUUCAAAUUCUAGCUUGAUGUCAGAUCCUUUCAAAGGUUUACCGAGUUUAAUUCCUAGUUAUCCUAUCAAAAAACUUUCACAAAGCAAAAACUCGGACAAUAACAUACAUUUAACAUUUACACAAAUGCAAAAAGAGCUGUUUACUGUAGAAUCAUACAAAACCCCGCAAAAUAAAACCUAUCUUCCCAACUUAGAUUCAUAUAUUGUAAACCCAGUCAAUAUCGAAGAACUGAAAAAACGACAGCAGCAACAGAAAGAAAGCAACGUACAAGCUCAAAUAUACUCUAAACCUGAACAUACAAAUAGCGUUAAUGAUCCAUCAGGCAUUUUAAAAUUAGCCGGUUGCAAUAUAUAUGGUCGCAUGUACCGUGUAGGAAGAAUAAUUUCAGAAUUGUCAAAUUCUUGUUUAGAAUGCAGAUGUACAGAAAUAGGUGUUAAUUGCAUAUCCCUGGAAUGCUCUAGAACUCUUAACGAAUGAACUUCAUAUGUAUACAAUAAUAUUGCACCGUUUUAACAGAUCAAAAUAAAGUUGCACAAGCUAUUCGUGAAGCAGUGCGAAUAGCUCAAAUUGAUUCGAUUAAUUUGUAAAUUAAUAAAAUUUAGGAGUUUAGAGUUUAUUGGGUUGAUAACUAGCUAAAGUAUGAACAUUAGCAAAAUAUGUAUUUGGAAUAUAUGUUAUACAUGUAUGAAUGUGUGAUUUAUGAUUUAUAUAUUUUUAUAAUUUGAAAAAACGAUUAUUUUAUAAUUACUCAUUUAACCUAAUAUAAACAAAUAAUAUUUAUACAAUA